CUACUGUAAAAGGAAGUAAGCGGAGCUGCGAGCGGAGCCACUGCGCUGCAUCACCGUCAGACUCGGGAAACUUCCAAGCUGAAAGAAAAGUCGACCAAAGAGUUGAGACAAAACCAUUUCCGCUCUUCGGUAAACAUCCUGCUGUAUCUUUCACGAGGGGCUGGGAUCUGGACUGUGAACAAAGACACGACAAGCCGAGAGGACUCCAGACGGUCCAGCCGCCGCCGCCGCUGGUCUGUGGUUUGUCCAUAGCAACAUGAGGACGGUUCUCCUCCUGCUCCUGCUGCUGCUGUCCGCCGGCUGCUCCUCCUCCUCCUCCUCCUCCGACGGCGGCGGCGGCGGCGGCGACGACUGCUCCGGGAUGGCCAUCCGUUUGAGGACCUUCAAGCUGACGAAGAAGUGCAACUUUACAACGCUGAAAGAAAAUCAGCUGAAAGAGAUCCAGGCGCCGACCACUAACCUAUACAUCCCCAUCAUCUACCUGCUGGCCUUCAUCAUCGGUUUCCCUGCCAACCUGAUGGCUCUGUGGAUUCUGGUUUUCCGAACCAAGAAGCAGCCAUCCACCACAUUACUCAUCAACAUGACAGUCACUGACCUCAUGCUGCUGCUCGUCCUGCCCUUUCGGAUCAUCUAUCACUUUAAAGGAAACCACUGGGUCUUUGGUGAGCCAUUUUGUCGCAUUGUCAUGGCAAUGUUCUACGGGAAUAUGUACGGGUGCGUGCUCUGUUUAGCACUGGUGGCGCUGGAUCGCUACAUAGCCCUAGUGCACCCAUUUGGUGCGAGACAGCUACGAAGCAAACAGACCUCCCUCUAUAUGAGUCUGGGGGUUUGGCUUGUGAUUAUAGCUGCCAUGCUACCGCUGCUAAUGUCCCAGCAGUCUUACAUGUUGGAUGAGCUGCAAAUAAUCACCUGUCAUGACGCCCUUCCAGAGAAGGAACAUGAAAACUAUUUCCUACCCUACUUCGCCAGCUUGUUCACGCUCUGCUUCUUGCUCCCUUUUCUGGUCAUAAUUUUGUGCUACGGAGCGGUGUUGCGCACCCUAAUGGCUGGAGGAAAGCAUUACAUGCACGCAGUGAGGGUGACAGUGUUGGUCCUGGUGGUGUUUAUAGCGUGUUUACUGCCCAGUAACAUCCUUCUCCUCUUCACUUACUCCGACACCUUUCUGGAUGGAGAUGGCGAGGACUUGUACGUGCCUUACAUGGUUAGCUUAGCAGCUAGUACCUUCAACAGCUGUAUCGACCCCUUCAUCUUCUAUUAUGUCUCGGAUGAUUUCAGGAAAAAGGUGGGGAUUGCUCUGUGUUGCCGUGGUGAUGCCAGGGGAUCCUCUUUGUCGGCAAAACAGGUGUCAUAUUCAUGCUCUUCAGAAGCGAGGUCAAAGAUCACCUUGUUGUCCAAAUCCAGCCGGCAAGGGACCUUCGACGGUGAUGAGGCGUGAAGCCACUAUAGUCUUACAUUCGAGAAGAUGAACUCUGUUGGGAAGGACUUGGCUCUUCAAAUGUGCGACUCGUAUAUUUUGUUUGUGAAGAUUGCAGUCAGACAAAGAAUGCCAAGUCCUCUUGACACCAACUUCUUCUCAGCACUUCUCCCUUUAGUCCUCAAGUGACAGAUUCUGUCCAAGUUAACUGUACUGGGUCAACAGAAUUACAGCUGCAUGGAUCUAUCGCCAUUCCCAUCCCAAGACUGCGAUGUCACGUGAUGAAUCAUUACACACCGUCCUUAUACACGAGGGAGAAAUGGAAAUGUGUUAAUUGGGGCUUUGUAUCGGGAAGAAUUUGGUGACAUGGCUCUUUUUACAACACAAGUCUCAAUAUACUGGGAUAUGUGAUGAUACUACAAAUACUGCGAUAUAUUGCAAUGUUUUAUCAAAAUUUUAGAAGAAUGUCAUAAAGAAAACACCGCAAUGAGCAUAAAAGCAGAGUGAUCUGAGCCGAAGCUAGUGGUCGAAGAUGUAGGCUACACCGUGAAGUAGUAGUAGUAUAUCAGUAUAUCAAGUAACUAGUGUAAUUUCCAAAUAUGGCCGAUGCACAGCUUACUACUGAGCAUCCAACAGCGAGAUGGCCGCAGAGACUCAAACAUUAGCCCACCACUGACAUGUAGUGAAGUGGUUUUCAGGUUAAAAGGACUCGUGUUUUUCUACGACGGAGAUGCCUGAAUUCAGGCAAAGGGAAGUUAUUAGGAACAGCCGACUUAACAAGAGCAUGGACAGUUUACAACACGUUAAACAAUAUGUCAUUGUUAUUUGUCAAAGCUAUUUGAAUUUCUGUUCAAGCUAGUUUUCCCUGUUCAGAAUUAAAAUUAAACCAGUACUCCCUUCCGAAAAGGCCCUGGGCUGUCAGUUUUGCUGAUACGGUAGCAGAUCUUUGGACAAAGAUGCCAGCCAAAAACAGUGUGAGAUGGUCAAACAAACACAGUUCGAGGCCCCGUACAUGCUCAACCCAUUGUCUGAUGGGGACUUCUGUCAAAGCUAACCACAUCUGGAGGUUGACCUGUCAGUGCGAAGCCAAAACACACACACACACGUGUGCGUGCACGUGCAGCGGACAGGAAGGGCGGCCUGGACAUUCUCGUUGAAAUUCCUCAGCUUCAUUUUGUGAAAUAUGCUGAGGGUAGAAAUCACAAAGACAUAUUUCUACCUAGUGGCCUGCACCCCGCCACCCCCCCCUUUGACAAAAUACAUGGCUGUGUCCAAACACUCUAUUACGUACUGUAUACUAACAGAAUAUACUGCAUACUAACAGCACUAUUUACAUACAUAAUGUUGAAUAUGUACUUGCUACCCAUUAAAAUGUGUUUAGUUUGCAUUGUGAAUCUAUUAUACUGUCCUCAGUCAACCGGCGGAAGUGAAGACAGGUAGACAUGGCUCGUGCAACCUAUGUCUCCGUGGUAACCACACAAAGUAUACUAUAUUCAAUACUAUAUUUUGGUAUCCUAUGUUCUUCCAUACGUCAAAGCUUUUAACGUAGUGUACUAAAAUGGGUACUAUAGCGGGUACUACGGAGUGGGUACUGCGGCCUCUGUGUCCCCGCUGGCCUCUCCAUUCCCACCAAUUAGGGUCAGCAGAGGCUGCGAGCUUCAGCAGUUACUGGUUCACAUCCUUGAUUAGAAAAAGAG